AAACUGAAGACCGACAAAAACCAAAACAAACCUGGUAAAACGUAUAAAAUAAACAAACUAAAUAAAAGCGUGAUCAAUUGUCUAAAAUUCGGUUUGAAGAAAUUGUAAACUAGGAGUAACCUUUAAGUGACUGAGAGCGGUUAUUUAUUGUAAGAACCCGACACUUGGUUAAAAUGCCAAAAGUAGUCUCCCGUAGUAUUGUGUGUUCCGACACUAAAGAUCAGGAGGAGUACAAUGAAGAGAAGCCCCUCAACAUAUACUAUUGCCUUUGCAGCAAAAUGGCCUUGAUAUUGGACUGCACAUUGGACCAAUUGCCAUUGCGAGAAGUGGACAAUGCUCGGGUGAUUGAUUCCAACGAUCAUGCGAAUAAGUUGACUUAUAAUCCUCAGCCAAGAAUGCUUUAUAUUCGCCGCAAAAACAGAGACAACAAAAUAGAGAAACAAUAUCGUUACAAAUGCCGAAAUUGUAAUUUACCGCUCUAUUAUCGUCAUCAGCCGGAUUCGCACGUUACCUUUGUCAUGUUUAACGCCUUGAUACGCAAUAAAGGAGAACAGCCAUUGGUUAAAUUAUUGGCAGCAGAUGCCAAGGGCAACAAGACAUCUAGUAUGGUUUCGACAGCAGCUGCUGCUGUUGGCAAUAGUGGAGAAGAUUCGGGCAUUGUGGAUUCAAGUGGCAAGAAAGUAAUGGUUACUCGGCACACGAAAAAUAUGGGUAAAUUUAGUUCGGUCACAGUUUCCACCAUUGAUGAGGAAGAAGAUGAAAUUGAAGCGCGGGAGAUUGCUGAUAGCUAUGCGAACAAUGCUCGCAUUAUUGAAAAACAACUACAGCGUAAAGGCGGCAAAUUAAGUGAUGUAGGAAUCAAGGGUAAAACAGAUGAAGCUCCUCCUCCACCAAAGAAACAACGUGGAACGCUGCUAGAACGCUAAAACUAUCUUUAUGAUACUUUUACCAAUUGU